GUUGGACUCCUCUGGAAGACAUGGAAGUGUUUUCUCCUGAUGAUGAAGGCCCUGCAGAGAGUCUGGGGAAUGCCAGGGGAGGAACCAACACCUCCGCUGGACCCUCACCUGGGGCCCCACUUAGCCCCACAGGGUCUUCAGGUCAUCACUCCUCGGCCUCCAUGCUUCACCGUCUCUUGACUCUGCCAUCUCAGCUGCUGGAGGAGGACAAUGAGGACGCUGCCAUCAAAGAAACGCUAGCCACUCUGGCGACCAACGGCGCGAGCGACCGCCAGGAGGACAUUGGACUGCCUGGUCAGACCUGUCCGUCGCCUGUUACAGCCAGGGAAAUGGAGGAAGAGGGCGAUGAGGACGAGGAGGAGGAGGAGGAGGACAAAGGGAGGAAGAAAAAGAGGCGAAGGGUUUGGUCAGAGUGUGAGGAGUGUGGGCGGAGGUUCAGUCGGAUGUCACUUCUGAAGGCUCACCGUCAGACUCACAUCAGUGAAAACCCUACUGACAUGCCAUCCUCCUCGUCUCUGCCAGUCAGCACCACCUUGGCGCUAUGUUGCUUAGAGUGUGACAAGAGGUUCUCCUCAGCCACCCGCCUUCACAGCCACAUCCGGACCCAACAUCCCAGGAACUGGCCCUGAACAGGGCCGAAACUCAGCAGGUCACCUGGGCUGCAUUCAUACCAGACACAGGGUCAUCAUAGGAUACAAACAGAUUGCAAGAAAAGCUGAACAAAACCAGAACAGGUUCAAAAACCUUAGAGCAAAACCUGAGGAGGAUUCACAGACCUGAUACCAGACAAGAACCAGAGCCUGAAAAAUAGUGAAACAGUUUUUUAAAAAUGCAAAUAAAAUCCUCAGACUCUUCUGAAAGAGCUGAAAAUCUGAAUGAAGCAAACAAAUGGUACACGGUACAAUAAAUAGGGAUAGGCCAAUUUUAGAUUCUUAAAUAAAUAUAAAACAGUACUGAUUAAACCAAACAGAACAGGAAGCUCAUUUUUAAUUACAGCUUCUUGUAUAAUAACACAGUGAUGCACACACAAAAUAUCCAUUUUCUAUUAGUAAUAUUUUUAUUAAUAUACUUUAUUAUUACUACUAAUGCUACGACACAGGGGUGCAUGGCAUUCAUUGAGAAAAGAGGCACCUGAGGCAGGCUCUCAUAAUUACUGUAUGACUUCUAUAUCUUCAGUGCUUGAAGAGGUGUCUUUACAGGUUGUGGUACCCCUAAUUGGCCAAAUAACAAAUAUAGGUUUAACUAAAAUUUACACAUUGUAAAAAUACUACUAAUAAUUAUAAUCAUGUUUAUUUAUACAUUAUUGACAGCAGGUAAAGUCAAAAGGCCCACGUCACAGGGUCUUUAAGAUGUGUGCGAUAUCAUAUUAGAUGUUUCUUCAGUGCAUGAAUUUUGCCUCAGGGCAUGAAUAUUGCCUCUGUUCAAAGUAAACAUUCGUUACUUCUGGUGCAGCUCAGUUUGGAUGCGCCAACGCCCUCUGGCUCCCACACCAUACAGUAGCUGGCAGAAAGCUCCUACACUGUCCAUCUUGACUGCAGCUUUUUGUCACUGCCCCCACUCCUGUCGUCUGCUCUUGUCCACUGUGCAGUACCAGCAGUUUGUAAGUGCAGGUACGCAAGAAAAAGUGAUGAUAUGCAAAAGAGUACAAUGGAGAGGUGCUGGUAUUGCGUACUGGUGCAUACUGGUAUGCAUGGCACAAGAAAUUGUUUACAGAUGGGUUGUUUCACUUAUAAUUCACUAUAUGACAAUUCCAGUGGGUCAGAGGUUUACAUACACUCAGUUGACUGCCUUUAA